AUGAGUAAGAGGAAGUAUGAGGGAAGACGGUGGCGUCAAGUUCUGACUGACGAGAGAAUGAACUCAGAAGUUAGGAAUGUUGAAGAAGGUAAAGAUAUCUUCGUUAAAGCCCAAGCCGGGGCCCUAAAGGUGGCAGUGAGGAAAUCGGACGUCUUCAAAAUUAUGCAAAGGAAUGACGAAAUGCAAAGGGAUUUCAUGUCCCGGUUUCACAUGGAAAGAAUAGAAUUACCUCCGGCCUUCGAUGACUGGGCAGUAAAGGCCUUUAUGCAAGGUCUGAAUGAAAGGAGUUCGAUCGCUUCUCGGCAGUUGAAACAGAACUUGAUUGAAUAUCCAGCUAUGACAUGGUUGGAUGUACACAACCGUUAUCAGUCAAAGAUCAAGAUUCGCAGCCAAGUCCCCCAGGGACAAAAAUCGAGAUCAAGAUUCAACAAAGAGCGGCAUCAGCCAUAUGCCGAUCGAAGGAGAAACGGCCCGAGCCGCAACACUCUUCGUAGUGAUCGAAGAAACAAUCAAAGUCAAAACUCUCGGGGACUCAUGAGCAAAAGCGGAUUUGACAAACACUCCAACCCCGCAGAAGCUCCUCGAUUAUUAGAAUACAACUUCAACAUCGAUGCAUUAAGAAUUGUCUCCGCUAUUGGGGGAAUUAAAGACACCGAGUGGCCCAGGCCAAUACAGACCGACCCUUAUCAAAGAAACCCAAACUUGAUGUGCAAGUAUCAUGGUACACAUGGUCAUCGGACAGAAGAUUGUAGACAACUAAGGGAAGAACUAGCUCGCUUGUUUAACGAGGGUCUCUUUUGA